CCGGCCCCCGAAGCCGCCGACGCCGUGGAGCCCCUGCUGCGAGAGAACCCUCGGCGCUUCGUCGUCUUCCCCAUCGAGUACCACGACAUCUGGCAGAUGUAUAAGAAGGCCGAGGCGUCCUUCUGGACUGCCGAGGAGGUGGACCUUUCCAAGGACAUCCAGCACUGGGACGCCCUCAAGCAAGACGAGAGGUUCUUCAUCUCGCACAUCCUGGCUUUCUUCGCCGCCAGCGACGGCAUUGUUAAUGAGAACCUGGUCGAGCGGUUUAGCCAAGAAGUUCAGAUCACAGAAGCCCGCUGUUUCUAUGGCUUUCAAAUUGCCAUGGAAAACAUUCACUCUGAAAUGUACAGUCUCCUCAUUGAUACUUACAUUAAAGAUUCCAAAGAAAGGGAAUAUCUCUUCAAUGCUAUUGAAACAAUGCCUUGUGUCAAGAAGAAGGCGGACUGGGCCUUGCGUUGGAUUGGAGAUAGACAGGCUACCUAUGGAGAACGUGUCGUGGCUUUUGCGGCAGUGGAAGGGAUCUUCUUUUCUGGCUCUUUUGCGUCGAUAUUCUGGCUGAAAAAAAGAGGACUGAUGCCUGGCCUCACAUUUUCCAAUGAACUUAUUAGCAGGGAUGAGGGUUUACACUGUGACUUUGCUUGCCUGAUGUUCAAACAUCUAAUACACAAACCUUCAGAGCAGAGAGUAAAAGAAAUAAUCCUCAGUGCUGUUACAAUAGAACAGGAGUUCCUUACUGAGGCCUUGCCUGUGAAUCUCAUUGGGAUGAACUGCAUAUUGAUGAAACAGUAUAUUGAAUUUGUGGCUGACAGACUUUUGCUGGAGCUGGGUUUUAGCAAGGUUUUCAGAGUAGAAAAUCCAUUUGACUUCAUGGAGAAUAUCUCGCUGGAAGGGAAGACUAACUUCUUUGAGAAGAGAGUAGGCGAGUAUCAGAGGAUGGGAGUGAUGUCAAGUCCAACAGAUAAUUCUUUUACCUUGGAUGCAGACUUCUAAAGGAACCAAGGUGCAUUUUUUAAACAAAAAACCAUUUUGGUCAUUGUAUGUUUUUGUAGUUUAGGACUUUUU